AUGCCACGCUUGGAAGAAUCAGAAAUCAAGAAAUACUGGCAAAUAUUCCAGGGCUUGAAGCCAGAAAACAACAAGCUUUCCGGGGAUAAAGUUGCUCCCGUGUUGAAAAACUCGAGAUUGCCCCAGCAGCAGCUUUCAGCGAUAUGGACAUUGAGUGAUAUAGACCAAGAUGGCAGCUUGGACUUUGAAGAGUUCUGCAUUACCAUGCGAUUGAUAUUCGACAUAGUCAAUGGAUCCAUCCCGCUGGUUCCCGAGAGUUUACCCUCGUGGUUGGUUCCAUCUUCCAAGGCAGCGUUGAUCCAAGCUAAUCAAGCGGUGAAUCUGGGGAGAAACUUGGGUAUGGACUAUGACGACGACGAAGACGGCUUGAGUGACGAUUUCGACUGGUACAUCUCGCCUCUGAAUAAAUCAACCUAUGAAACAAUCUACCAAUCUAAAAAUGACCGUUUUGGCCGCAUAAGAUUUGACUCGUUGAAUUCGCUUUACUCCACUUUGAACAAUGUCCCCACGAGUGAAAUCUCGUCGGCCUGGAACUUGGUCAACCCCAAAUCGUUUGAAACGAUAGAUAAGGACCAAACGAUUGUCUUUUUACACAUCUUGAAUCAAAGGGAAAAUGGCAAGAGAAUACCUCGAGGCGUCCCGGCUACUUUGAGAGCGACUUUCUCGAAAGAGAUUCCCAAUUACGAUUUGGACGCACAGGCCAAAGUCCAGCCAACAACACUGACGCAAGCUUCAAAGAGAGCAUUUGCUGAAAGCCACUUGAGCAAAUUGGGAUACCAGAAUGGGGGGAUAGGAAUAGGCGGAGGAGCUGGUGCUGGUGCUGCGAGUGAAAAGGGAACUGAUUUCUCUGCUACUCAAGGUACCGAUUGGGAAGAAGUUCGAUUGAGGCGAGAAUUGACCGAUUUGGAGAAUUUAUUGGAAAAAGUUCAGAACCGAUCUGACUCGGAUAAGAAGUUAGAUGAUGAGCAGCGAAUGGUUAAAUAUGAGUUUGAGCAACUACUCAAAUACAAACAAGAGCAAUAUGACAAGCAAAAAGGAGGUUCCGGCAGUGAUGGUGAUUUGAAAUUAGUAGAAAGCGAUAUUAAUGAUUUGGAAAACCAAGCGAAAUCAUUAGAGGAGUAUUUGCAAACUCGAAACCAAGAGUUGGAUAGAAUAAACCAGCAAAUUGCAUCAUUACUGAACCAUUGA